AGUCAAAGGACGUACGCGCACUUUAUGGAUAGAGAGAAUUGAAAUAAUAAGCGCGAAAUAAUAGUGACGGCUCGUUGCAAAUAACACGUUAAUCGAGAGCGGUGCAUCCUGCAUUUUCAAUAAAGUGGACACGCACAAAGCACGCACAAUGCUAGUGAAAAUAGUGAUCGUGUUUUUUAUUACGAAAUUCGCACGCGGACAAGUUAACGGAGAAUUCUGGUGGAUGAACGAUAAAAUCGCUAAAUAUCACAAUACGUUGAUACCGCCGCCCGUAUACGAGGAUCUACCAGAAUACGAAACAGACGAAAGUGUAAAGAUUGUAUUCAGGGAUAGCGAAUUCGAAAAACACAAUAGCAUAUUUCAUGGAAGACACGGACAUACAAAAUUAAAAAAUCACAACUUACCCAAACGCGAUUAUAUUCAAUACCCCAAUGCGAAUAAUGCUCAUACAAAACACGAACAUUCGGAAAACGCAAACAAUUUAAUGAUGGCUAGUGAAUCCGGUAAACUUAAUAAGAAACUUAUUGCUGAUAAACAAGCAACUGUAUUCAAGCCUGAUAAUAGUAUUGUGUUUGAGCUACCAAAAAAGACGAAAGACGUAUUAAAAAACUAUGCUGACGUAGAAUUAAAAACGACAGAGCAAGCGAUGCCGUUAACCAGGAGUACAUUUGAAACACAUCCUCCAUUCGCAUCCUUCAACGACUAUAUGAAUUUUGUAAAUGUCGAUCAAAAGCCAGAAACUACACCCUCAGAUAUUUGCACAUACAUUAGACGAAUGGAAUGUCAAGGACGAAUGGGCUUAGUUUAUAAUUUAGAAGUGGGCAGAGAUCCAAAGAAAAUCCCAAAUGAUCCGCAACUAAUUUGUUGUAUUUUAUUUCCAAAGACUGACAGGGUUCAAAGUACUAGUGAAACUAUUGCAUUGGCCCAAGAACACAACACCAACCCACCAAAGACUUCAACCAAAACUCCAAAUGAAUUGAAUAAAGUAGUAUUAAAUUUAACAAACAUUGAUGACUACAUUUCAAAGUAUGCAGUCGUGAAGAAUAAUAGUUCUGGGGUACAAGGCACAAAUAUUGAGAAAAAUAUAAUUACACCCACUAAACAGACAUUAAAUUUGAACAAACCGUCACAAAGUAUGUGUACAUACAUCACUAAACAACAAUGUCUUAUGAAUCAAGGAUUUGUUUACAAUUUUUCACCAAAAGGAUAUCCUACAACAGUUCCGAGUAAUCCGCAUUUAAUUUGUUGUAUUCUACUAAGAAUGACGGACACGGCUCAAACUACUGCUACUGUGCUCGCACAAGAAAGCAUUACUGUUCCACCAAAACCUUCAACUGAAACUACAAAUGUAUUGAGGAAGCCUGUACCUAAUUUAUCAAAUGUUGAUAACUAUAUUUCAAAGUACGGUGUUACAAAAAACUCUAACAUUUCCGAUUUACAACUAAAUAAUGGCAAUACACAAAAUGAAAUAGUUUCCGACAUUAAAGUAACCAAAAAUAAAAGUGCAGACAUUAAAUGUACCUAUACAACCGAAAGGGACUGUCUUAUUAAUAAUGGAAUUAUUUACAAAGAAACGCCAAAGAGAAGCCAAGAAAACUCUCGUUCAGUAUGUUGCAUUUUACCAUUGGAGAAGUCGUUACAAAUCGCGAUAAAAACGCCAUCACUAGAAGAAAAGUAUGUUAGUCAAACCAUACAGCCAUCUCUUAAUUCAAAAAAUAAAUUCCAAUACAUUGAAGAUUUUAUUGCUAAAUUUGGCGUUAAUACCAAUGAUUCUAAAACACAACAUGAAAAUAAGCAACACCAACCUAAUACUCAGACUGAAAGUAGUACGAGUAUUAGCACGACGAUCUCGUAUAUUGACAUUUUCCAAACAAAAAAAACCAUCAACGAAGAAUCACAUUUUAACUCCAAACCAAAUUUCGUUGACAAAAUAGAUCCAAACAAAUCAGUUCAUGCAAGCAACACGAAAACAGUUGAAACAAAUAAUUAUACAGAAUCAGUUAACCGAAUUGUUGGAACAAAUAAUAUUUAUAACGAAGAAAAACAGGAAUCUACAGGUAUUUGCAAAUACAUCAUGAAGCAAGAGUGUAUGAAUCGCAAAGGAUUUAUUUACAGCACUGACUUUGGAAAAAGCAUUAAAAGAGGUCCCAAUGAUCCGCAAUUAGUAUGUUGUAUUCUGGAUGAUAAUUUAGCAAACAGUCAUGACACUGGAGAUGAAAUCCCGUCCUACUCAAGCACAAGGACAUAUAAUUCUCAAGAAACAACUACAAGUUCGACAUCGCCUACAAUAAAUAAAAAUGGAAUACAAGAAGUACGGACAACUGCAAUCCCAUUCAUAUUUCCAGACAAAAAAAACUACAUAUUUAGUUACAAUAAUCAGCUCAAUAUCAAUAAGCCACCAGUCAAAAACGAAAAUUAUACUUUGAAUGAUAACAAAAACACACAAACCGGCUCACUCUUAAAACCUAACAUAGAUGACCUUAUCUCAAAGUAUGGCGUGAAUGAAAGUAAAUCUGAAAACAUAGCAAUGAAUAAAGUAAACGAAAAUAAAAAUGAAAACAAUGCAAUUGUCGAAAAGAAUAUUAGCAGCGCAAUUUUAUACAAAAAAAUUAAGAAUUGUACAUUCAUAAAUAAAUAUAAAUGUUUAAACGUUAAUGGAACAGUAUCUAAUUUACCCAGUGAAAUAAUUAAUAAAAUAGCCAAUAAUCAAAAUUUAGUUUGUUGCAUAAUGCCAUCAAAUACAAAGCAUAGCACUGAGAAAAGCAUAGAAAUAAAAAACAACUUCUCUAAAGAAACUGAAACUAACGCGAAUUUAGUUUUCUUUCCUAAAAAUAAUCUGCUUAAAAAGCCAACAGAAAAAACUUUGCUUUUCUUCGACAAAGUCAAUGAAAAGACAAAUAAAAAUGAAGGUGACAAGUCUUUAAAUAUUUGUACAUAUAUCAAGGAAUUCGAAUGUAAACAACGAUAUGGCUUCGUUUAUGGAAUCGAAUUCGGCAAGAGUACCAAAAAAGGUCCUAGCGAUCCAGAGUUGGUUUGCUGUAUAUUGCCUGAAAGCAACAAAAAUGAUUAUCAAGUUAAUGUAGUGGCUCACACAAACAUUGGAGUAUUUAAUGAACAAACUGAGAACUUACAAACAACUAAUUCGAACAAUAUUAGUCCCCAGAUAGACCCAACGAGAAAUGUAUUUAUAUAUAAACCAAAAGAAGCCUCGUCAUUCGUCUUUCCUACUGAAAAAUAUGAAUACAAAAAUAACAAACUGAGUAACGUUGAGCACAACAUGGAGUAUACAAACAAAAUCGAAGAUCACCCUUUGAAAAACACUGCAACUUCAAAACAUGACAAGAAUGAUAAGGAAACAGAAAAACUUGUUAUGACGUCGAAUAUAAAUCCAUUUAAUAACAGAUACAAGCGAUCCACUGAUGAAAACGGUAACACAGCAUUAAACCAAAGAAUGGUGUUACUACAAAGAAGAUUCACGACCCAGCCACCGAAACCAAGUAAGGAAAUCACGCGGGUUAAAAUAGUAGCUUCAGAUUAUGAUGAAGAUCCUUACUGGAAUGUCAAAAAUCCAAAAUUUCAUAGCCCAAAGGCAACCAAUAAAAAGGAAUGCGACUACCAAGCGUGUGAUUACUAUAUCGAUGAACUCCCUAAACCUGGUUUAAGUGGCUUAUACUCUGAUCAUGGACAGAAACCAUCUUACUACGUAGACUAUACUGACGACGAUAUCAUAUCAUCGGAUAGUGAUUAUGAAGAUAUUGGUGCCUCUUUUGGAUACUCGACUGUCGAUCCUAGAGGUACAACCAAAAGUAAAACUUAUCUAUCAGUUGGGCCAUCAAGGCGCAGCACAAUUGCACCGGAAACAUACGACCCGGUAAAGCUAACAGUUAAUUUUCAGUCAAAUCCAGAUUUCCAUGUUUUUGAAAAUUUCAAAUUGUUAAACAUAGCAAACGGUAAAUCCAAAUUUUCAUUGAAGAUAAAUGAACAGAAAAAUACUGAUGAUAGCAAAAGCGAAGAUUCGUCAGACACGGAACCUGUAAUAAAUUCAGACUCUACUGAAGACGCUGUUGACGAUCAAUUAUUUGAAGACUGUGGAAGAACAAUAGUUAGAACAAACUUCGAUGCUACAAAGCAUAGUGGUGACGCUAAAUAUGGGUCACAUCCGUGGCUUGCUCUGGUAGUGCCUACCAAACAACAACAGAAAAUACUAUGCUAUGCCACACUCAUUCAUCCCAAGGCUGCAAUAACAACCGCAGACUGUGUUUAUGAGAAACCACCAGGUGGAGUAACGCUUAUCGCAGGCGUAUGGGAUCUGAACCAGAGGUCACGCCCUAAAACUCGUGUACCUGCUAUACAUAUUCACAAAGAAUACACGAAUGAGCAUUUGGACCAUGAUCUUGCUAUUCUUACUUGGCGACUACCAUUAAAACUGGGCCCAAACAUCCAACCAGCUUGCCUCGGUGACGUAAAUUUAGGAGAAGAUUGCAUGAUCUUCGGAUGGAGUGGUUUUGAUCAAGCAAUGAAGUCAAGGUCCAAAUGGCAAAGGGUAACGACCGGCGAUUGCGACGAUAUCGUAACCUCCUCCGAGCAAGAGAUUCCAAGAACAGCAUUCUGUGCUAAAUUCCAUUCUCGUCGCGCCGUGAACGGUAUAGGAGGCUCCUUGAUUUGUAACGUGGACGGUCGCUGGUCUUUAGUCGGCGUUGCCGUGUCUCGUCACAUUUCGUUGGUGUUACUACCAGCUCGACCUUGGGGUUUGAAGGCUGGCAACUUUAUAGACGGAAUUUAAACAGGUCAGUCUUCUUGAUUUGAAAUUAAAUUAAACAAGACCGUUAUGUAACAGUUCACCUUGAUCGUAUGUGACCACGAAAACUGUAAAA